AUGGGCCAUUUCCGCGGAUUUGUGCAUGGGUUGGUUGGCCGGUUACGGCAGCAGUUGGUCCACGAGUUGAUGUUUUGCACCGAUCACCCGCCCCCAGCCAUCCCGUGGGAUCAUUUGUACGAUGAUGCCACGCAGAGUGCCACCGGAUGGAGUUUUUUACAGGAUUUACGUACAUCGUGGCCGGUCCAGGGUCCGACGUGGUUCAUGGAGCGUAUCCGCCACGAGCCCCGAUUACAGCGUCAGUUUGUACAGUCCCACGGGGCCGGGUUCCGGAUGCCCGCCAUCGAUCGGUUUUUUCGAGUGGUGAGCCAGUUCCGUGAGCGGUUAAGCGUGGCCGUCCAUGUUUGUGCCGGUCAACCCAGCCGGGGUCCCGAGUUAAUGAGCAUCCGGCAUCGUAACAGUGAGCGAGAGCGCCGCAAUAUAUUCAUUGAGGAUGGCAUGGUCACAUUUGUCAGUCGAUACCAUAAGGGGUUCCAUGUGGCCAAUGAUACCAAGGUGAUUUUCCGAUAUUUACCCCGGGAGAUUGGUGAGUUGGUCAUAUGGUAUUUAUGGUUAGUAUUGCCAUUUGUGGAGCAGAUGCAGUCAUAUCAGCGGCAUAUACGGGGCGAAGCCGCCACCAUCGGUCGACGGGCCGAGUAUGUAUGGUCCCCGGAUCCCGAUCGGCAGACCGAGUGGAGUAGCGUCCGGUUACGGGAGGUAUUGAAGCGCGAGACCGCGAUUGGAUUGGAUGGGCAGAAGUUGGGAUUACAGGCAUACCGUGACAUCGCCAUCGCCAUCAGCCGGCGGUAUUUACGCCCCAGCAGUCAGUUCCAGGCCAACACCGAGGAGGAGGCCCCCGACAUUGACGACGAGACAUCCAUGGAUGAUGAUGGGAUCCGAGCAUUCAUUGCGGAUAUCCAGGCCGCGCAUUCCGCCAGCAUUGCCGGGACGCAAUAUGGCCGGAUGAUGAUGGAGAAUCCCAACACCACGGCCCGGCACCGCGAGUUAUUCCGCCAGGUGAGCCAGGAUUGGCAUUAUUUUUUAGGAUUCGAGUCCACCCGUAUCGAACAUGACCGCCGGGCCCCCGGCACCAAGCGUAAGCCCAACCCAUGGGAAGUCGAAACGGCCGAGGCCCGUACGCAGCGUCGAUAUGAUUUACACCAGACCAACAUAGACGAGGCAUUCCAGCACAUGAUGGGGAGCAACACCGUAGCAUUGCGGGGGCAACAGGGUCCCGUAUUACAAGCCAUCAAGCAUGGGGUAAGCCCCAUUGUGGCGGUCAUGCCCACCGGGGGAGGUAAGAGUGUGUUGUUUAUGUUGCCCGCGUGGGUGAGUGGCCGUGCCGGGUUAACCAUCGUGGUUGUUCCAUUGAUUGCAUUACGCGGUGACAUGGAAGCACGAUGCCAGCGAUUGGGGAUUUCAUGUGCGGUAUGGGACCCCCAACGGCCACCCGAUGGGGUAUCCAUCGUAUUGAUCACGCCCGAGAGCACCGACAGCGAUGCAUUUGCCGAUUUUGUGACCCGGCAGCGGAUGUUACAGCGAUUAGAUCGGAUUGUGGUGGACGAGUGCCAUAUGGUAUUAAGUCAACAGGAGCGAUUCCGGCCAUUAUUCCAGCAGUUGGGCAAGUUACGAACCGCAGCCACCCAGAUCGUGAUGUUGACCGCGACAUUGCCCCCCCCGCAGCGAGGAAUUAUUAUUCCAUCGGAUGCAUUGGGUCCGGGAUCAAGUGGUAUUAUAUCGGGGCCACACCAGCCGGCCCAAUAUCGCAUAUCGUGUCCAUACGAUCCCCGUAGACGAUGGAUAUGA